AUGCAGAAAUCAAAUGAUGAUUGUUAUUAUUUUCUAACAUCAUCCUGUGCAAAAGGUUCGACAUGCAGUUAUAGACAUAAUUCCACAGUUUUAACAUGUAAUGCUAUGUGUCCAGCUUGGUUACGUGGAAGUUGCAUAGAUUCAGCUUGUCAACUUCGUCAUAGUCCUAUUCAAAGUCCAGCGGUAAAUACUGCAAAAUCAUGUUAUUAUGAAAAUACACAUAUGGGUUGUCUCAAACUUGAUUGUACAUUUGCACAUAUACGUCAUCGUCCAACAUCAAGAAACUCUUCAGCUAUUCGGUCUUCAUCGACAAAUCUUGUUAAUAAAGACGUUAUUAAAUCAACAACUAGCGCAAAUCUUCCUUCAAGUCCUACUAAUAUACCUACAAUAGCAGCAGUAGCAUCAACCAAUGGUUCAAUACCUAGUUCACAAAUAGAUUCAUCUCAAAGUUCAAUACCGAAAGUUGAAGUUCUACUGCAAUCCGAAACACCUACAACACCUAUUUCAAAUGAAACUACGCCAUGCCGCACAGCAAUUUCAACAGAAAAUGAACAGAUAGAAAUUUCAAGUCGUAAUGUUGUAACAAAUUCUUCAGAAGAGACAAAAUCUACUACAACGCAAUCACGAGUUGUUGGUAAUCGAAAUGUUGUUAUAGCUGACUCUUCAAAUCGAAAAAUAGUACAAGCAACAACAAAUCGAGUUGUGGUUUCAUCUGAUGCAAUCAAUGCGUCAAAGAGAAUAAUAAAUAAUAAUGAUAGUGAUAGUGAUCGUGAUCUAGACGAUCUUAUUCAAGAAGACAACAAUAAUAUGAAAAAAUUGAAUUCUGUGAUUGAUAUUUCAUUUCCAUGUGCAGCUCCAUCAAUUACUAAUCGUUUUUUAACGUCUAAUACACCAAUAACUCCAACGAAUGAUACAAAACCAAUUCGAUUGAACCGUGAUCGUUUGCCUGCAGCUAAAAUUACAAUAUCAAAUUCAUCAAGUUCAACAUCAACAAACGGAGAAAAAACAUCUGCGGGAACAGAACUAACACAAGAUGAUGAACGUCGAACAAGCCGUAUUGAACGUUUCAAGAACAAAUCAAGUCCAUCACCUCGAUCUUUAAUUAAUACACCAUCAUCCAUAUCAGCACGUAAUGUUGUCACAGUAUCAACCAAUGAACGUAAACGUCAAAUGCCAGAAUCAUCAGUCAAUGAUGAUCCACCAUUAAAACGUCGUUCGGGUCAACAAGAAAAUAAUAAUAAUAAUAAUAAUAAUAAACAUCAUCAUCACCAUAAUACAGCAACUAUAGAUGAUUUAUGCCUACAACCAUCAAAUCCUCGUCGAAAAUCUGAUCGUCAUCGACGGCGAUCAUCAUCAUCAUCUUCAUCGGGAUCCUCCUCCUCCUCAUCAUCAUCACCAUCGCAAAGAAAAUCUCCUCCACGUGUUAAUUACUCAACAAAACUAUCGAUGGAUGAUUCCGCUUGGAAAAGACAAGUUGAUGAAUUUCUUGCUAAAACUACUCAACCAAAACCUUUUGUACCUUCAAUUCCAAGUUCAUUUCAACCGGUGCCACUUCUCUCUCUACGUCCACGUUUUAUACCACCACUACUUUCACUGCAUAGACCAACAACUCCUCGUUAUUCAUCAAUUCCACAACGACCUCGACAGACACCAAAAGUUUCUAUACAACGUCCGCCACCACCCGCAGUCAAUAAUUUACCUCCAGUUUUAUCAAAACCAGUCGAACCAACUCCGGUCAAUAAGACAUCUCCGAUUCAACCAUCAACGAUUCUUAACGAUGAAGAUGAAAAUAAAUUACUUGAACUUGAUGAACCUACUGAUGUUGUUGAUACGUUUGCGUUUAUAGAUGAAGCAUUAUUUGAAACAGAUGACCUUGUUGAACUUAUGUGA